AUGGCUUCGGAUCCGUUGGUUUCCGAGUCCGUUUUCUCGGUGAAGGGGUGUAAGUGGCUUCCGUCAAAAUGCAAUAUAUUUAUUUGGAGGGCGGCUCUCGAGCGUAUUCCGACUAAACAAGCUUUGGUUAGAAGAAACAUUCCGGUUGACUCUGAAGAUUGCGUUUUCUGUGAGGAAGUGUCCGAAUCUGUUGAUCGCCUUUUCACGGCCUAUUCUUCAUUUUUAUGGGUUUGGAACCGUCUUUGUGAGUGGGUUAAAAUCCCUCCUAUUUAUGCUUUUUCCUUCAAGGACCUGCUCGACUAUCAUAAUAGUUUUGGAGGAAAUUCGAAGACGAAGGAGAUAGUUCGGGGUCUUGUGGUGGUUUCUUGUUGGUGCUUAUGGAAAGCUAGGAACUCGAAGAUCUUCUCUAACGGUAGAGGCGAUUGCGCUGAAAUCUUUGGGAAAGUGAAGUCUCUUAGUUUUUUUUGGUUAAAAAAUAGGUCCUGUCAUAGAGACUUAGUUUGGAGAGAAUGGUGUAAGUUUCCUUUGUAUAUGAUGUAA